AGACAGUUAGAAAAUUUGCGUGGCUGUGACUGUGAUGUUCCCUUUAGAUAGUUUUUACAUUGGGACAGAAGCGUCGUUUUUCCUCAUUUAUAGUUUGUAUGGGGAGUCGAGAGGGGUACAGCCGCAGUGCAGCAGCAGCAGUGUUGGGGUUCGUGGACUGCCCUCGCUGUGAUCAAACUAUUUCUUCAACAGUAAAACCGUUCAGGCACCAACCAGUUGUAAAUGUGGGAAGUAACUCCCCUGGCAGUGUUCAACUGUGAAGUUCCCUGUUCUGGCCAAUGCUUGCUGAGCUAAAGCAUGACCACAGCAGUGUCGGCUCAUCUGGUAGUUCUGGCAAAUGAAAAUGGAGGAGGUUUCAAUGUCCAGCCUGGACAACAGCAAGCUGGAGGGCCUAGCUCAGGACAUCCUGUCUGACCUGGUGGAGGAUGCAUGCCUGGGUCUUUGCUUCGAGGUCCACCGGGCCGUCAAACAGGGCUAUUUUUUCCUGGAUGACACGGACCAAGAAAGCAUGAGGGACUUCGAAAUUGUGGACCAGCCGGGACUGGACGUGUUUGGCCAGGUGUACAACCAGUGGAAAAACAAAGAGUGUGUAUGUCCCAACUGCAGCAGGAGCAUUGCAGCCUCACGUUUUGCCCCACACCUGGAGAAAUGCCUGGGCAUGGGACGCAACAGCAGCCGCAUCGCCAACCGCAGAAUAGUCACUGGUAGCAACGCCAACAACAAGUCAGAGAGUGACCAAGAGGAUAACGAUGACGUCAAUGAUAAUGACUGGUCUUAUGGGGCAGAAAAGAAAGCCAAGAAAAGGAAAUCUGACAAGAAUCCAAACUCGCCCAGGAGAUCCAAAUCAUUCAAACAUAAGAGCAGCAUGAUGGGUCCUCGACGUCGUAUGGACAACCAGGAGAGCCCGCGCAUGCUGAUGAAAGAUGAGGCAUUCCCUCAAUAACACACACAUUCUCUUACCAUUAUGUCUGUGCACAUAAACACAAAAUGCACACACAUGAGAAAAACCAGUAACACUUCACCUUUGGUUCUUUUUGUUGUGAAAUAAUGGACAUUGAUGUUUGGUGUUUGCUGCUCUGCAGAAGCAGUCUAGACCUCCCACUGUAUACUUGAAAGGUUUUGUUUUUUUUUCCCCACAAAAUCAUUGUACCAACACUUUUUUUCUUUUUGUUCAGUUUGAUUUUUAUUUUUUUGCUGGAGUCCAAAAUAAUGAAUAUCACCAUGUAUGAUGUCACUGCUCAGAAGUAGAUUGUGGUGUAAUUCAUUCAGUGGCAAAGCAGAGGCAGCUGUGUGAAGAAUGACAGUGUGCACAUACAGUGCGUCGUUUCACACAAAUAAUCAGGCAUUAGGUGUACAUCUAGUGCCUCACCUUUUAAAAUCUCAUUCUUUGAAAAAUAAUGUCAAAGACAAUCAUUACUAAUGGUUUGUCUUUUAUUUUCUCAUUCAUGCUUUUCUGCAGCGUGCGAGAGAGAAGCAACUCUGUCGUUCACCUGUGGAAACUUGUUCUAAAGAUGUUCAGUAACUGCACAAGCAAGUAUUUGCUGCAGAAAGCAGGUUUCUUUUCAUUUCAUUUUUGGUGGGUAGAUCGGCUCGUUUUCUAGCAUUCAAAUAUGUCUUUGUAUCAUGUGUUUACAUUGUAAAGGAUUACAUAUAUCCUUUGGUGUGAUGUGAUAGUGUAAAUAUUCCAGUAGUUGAAUUGCUGCUAUCAUGGCUCAGUUUGUUUAAUCUGUUUAGCAUAAUAAAUGAUUUGUUACCUG